AUGUUCUGUCGCACUGCGAAAGGUACAUCUUCCAACAGAAUCGGUAGUUCCUCUUGCAAUAAGUUACGGUAUUUUUCUCCGUUCAAUGUACCUUCAAUAAAUACGGGACCGAUUAGUUUGUCACCUAUGAUUCCGCAACAAACGUUAACGGAAAAAAUUCAUCUUGGAUAUGGCGAAUACUUGCCUAAAACUUCAUAUGUCGCAGCUACUUGCGAUUGCAGAAGGUCCGCAAUUUUUGUUCGGCAAAUCGCGAUUUGUCUGUUUUCUUUGGAAACGCUUUUAAAUAGCACUGUAACAGGCAAAGGAAGCAACCGAAACAAGAAUUCUAAUCAGCCGAAAAAUGCCUUAGAUUGCAACAAAAUUUUAGCAAUUAAAGCAAUAUACUAUCAUUACUUAACAGUUGAAAAAAAAAUCCCACCAGCACAGGCGGACAAAUUGGUGGAAAAAACUAGAAACAUUUUAGCUAAACUUAUAUCUUCCUUAAAAGAUUCGCAUACAUGUACUGCAGAAAAAGAAACCGAUGCAAUAGAUGAGGAGGUUCUUAAUUCAGAAGAACCGGACAUCGAACCAAAUAUUGAUGAUGACAUGAUUGAUAUUGAACAAAAUAUUGAAUCGAAUAUUGAACGGGACACUGAAUCAAACAUCGACUUCUCGAUCGACCCGUUAAGAAUGGAAGAAGCAGCACAAGUGCCUAAUGAGGAAACAUCUUCGUUGAAUGAAAAUAACAGCGAUCCGGACUUCAAUGUCCUUUUCCCACCCGAGCCAUCAAGUAAUGAUGGAUUCUGA